AUGCCAGGGGCGAGCGACAGAGGAACCGCUUAUGUGUCGUGCCGCAUACAUUGUCUACCCGCGUGCUUCUCACGUGCGGUCGUUGCGGUUUGCAAGCUGACCUCACCAGCACCAGGCAUUCCACCUCUUGUAUCCCUCUGCAGGUAUGGACUGCCGGGCUACAGCGCACAGGAAGGUGAAGCGUUCAGCGCAGCGGCCAGCGGCCUUCAUCCACGACACCAGCUGCCCUUCGUACUCUCUCGCGUUGCCGCCUCCAAGGCAAUUGCGUCCUUGUCUCCCGACAAGCGCGCCGCCUGCCCGGGAGAGGAAGACGGCCCCGCCGUCGUGUUCACGGAUCGUCGCGAGGCGGCACCGACGCUGCACGGGUGCUGCCUCAGCAUUGCACACGAAGACUCGGCCGCGGCGUCGGUGGCAUGGUCCGUGCCAUCGCCCGACUCUUCCUCCUUCAAGGACUACCAUGCGGCUCCAGAGAGGCUCUACAUGGAAGCACAGCUGGUAUGCUCGCACUCCACUUUGCCUGAUGCGACGGCUACCUCCUUUGCAUACGCAAUCGACGUGGUAAACGUGGCAGAGGUUCACCGCGUGCGCAGCCGCUUUCCCCACUUCGGCCAGCGGUGGAUGCCUCAGUGCACCACGACCGCGUCCGCCGACGAUGUAGGGCGUGCUUUGACGUGCGUUCAGAAGCAGCACCAGGAAUGUGUGGCGGCAGUGGGGGCGCCGGGGGGCAGCCACGGCGGCGAAGGCGUCAGCGCAUGCCAGGCGGCAUGCCGCCGAGAUGAGUGGUGGAAGCACCUGGUCACGCCGUAUGUCACCGAGGCGGACGCAUAUGCCGCAGUAGUGCUGGCGCAGCACUGGGGUGUGCGUGAGUGCGCCGUGAAGCUGGUAGGCAUCCCUGGUCGCUCUUUCGCGUACGAGUGCGUGCGUGCGCUGCCGCCGCGUGGUGGUGCGGUGGUUACGGAGUCCACCCCGUUCACAGCGUCUUUCCUGAUGUCACACACCCUCUAUUCUGCCGAGGUACACGGCGCUGAGGCGGCGACCUUGGCGCAGCAAAGGCUGCAUCCUCUUCUAUACCUCUAUACAUGGACGGAAUGGGUACCGCUUAAUAGCACGGUGGAUCUCCCCUAUGUGGUGGUGCUGGCCUGCGCACCUUGUCGAUCAGACGCACGGUGA